CAAGUCUGGUGCUGGGCUGGCAGUGCCAGGGUAUAGGCAGUGCUGCCACCUGGCUGGUGGCCCGAACAGCUGGUCGACAGUUCUCCAUCCGACAGUUCUCCGGCUCGCGCGGGUGUGGAGAGUAGCGCGGUUGGGCGGAUCUGGCCAUGCUCACCAUGGCCGUCGUCACGCGGUGUCGACUUGUUCUUCUGGCCUGCUGGCUCGGUGGAGCAUUCAGCUUCAACCUCGAGCCACGAAUUCCGGUCAUCAAGAACGGCGCGACUGAAUCUUUCUUCGGAUUCUCUGUGGCGUUGCACCAGUCUUUCGAGGAGCGUUUCGACGGCUCAGAAGUCCGAAAGGAUUGGCUUCUGGUCGGCGCUCCGCUGGGGAAGAACCUGCAGCCCAACACGGAGAAGAGCGGGGCACUCUGGAAGUGUCCCCUCUCCACGCGCCAGGACGACUGUCAGCAGGUGGAGACGGACGGCCACUAUGACGGCAUCACUCUGAACCCGCCGGCCGAUACCGAGCUGAAGGAAGGCCAGUGGAUGGGUGUCACCGUCCGAAGCCAGGGGCCUGGACGCAAGGUUAUGGUGUGCGCCCACCGUUAUAUAAACCGCGGCCUGGCCAACGAAUGGCACUGGGGUCACGGACUCUGCUACACACUGCAGCAGAACCUCGACUUUGAGCACGAGUGGAUUCCCUGCCGCAAUCUGGAUGUCACCAGGCAGCACGAACAGUACGGCUACUGUCAAGCGGGCACCUCAGGCCUUCUGACAGAGGAUGACAGUGCCGUCAUCGGCAUGCCGGGUCCCUACACCUGGAGAGGCACCGUGUUCGCCGUCAACAUCUCCGACAACUUCCUGCAGCGCGACAAGACUCAGUACUUUGGCCCGGUGACCGCCUCCACCAGCCCCGUCGACAAGUACAGCUAUCUCGGUAUGGCCGUGGCGUACGGCACGUUCUUCCCCAACCUGGCCUCCCAGUCGAUCGUGGCCGGCGCACCGCGCUCCCAGGGCACAGGACAGGUGGUCUUCUUCUCGAAGGAGCGAGUUGGCCAGAAGACACUACGAUACGACCUAAUCAUCGAUGGAGAAGAGCAUUUCUCCCAGUUCGGAUACGAACUCUGCGCUGACGAUUUCGAUCAAAAUGGUAUGACCGAUCUGGUGGUCGGUGCUCCGUUCCAUUUCACCGGCGAUGGCGAGGCGUCCGGUGGUGCCAUCUACAUCUACUCCACACCCCGCUCGGGCUUGACCAAGAGCACCAAACCCACCCGCAUUCUGGGUGCUCCCGAGUCCCGGUUCGGCUUUGCGCUGGCCAGUCUGGGCGACCUGAACAAGGACUCUUAUCCGGACCUUGCUGUGGGCGCUCCGUUCGAGGGCGCCGGCGUGGUGCGCAUCUACCUGGGCGGCUCGGACGGUCUGAGUACAGAGCCGGCCCAGGUGAUACGAUCCGAGGACGUGGCAGGAGCGCGCGCGCCCAUCACCUUCGGAUACUCCCUCGGAGGAGGUCUGGAUAUCGACGGAAAUGGCUAUCCGGAUCUGCUGAUCGGGUCGUUCUGCAAUGACACGGUGUCGCUGAUCAGAGCGCGGCCCAUUGUCGGCAUUGUUACCAAGGUGGAGGGGAUGGACCAGCUGACCCGGAUCAACCCAUCCGAGCUCAGCUGCGACAAACAGCCCGGCAUCGGACUCAAGUGCGUCACGUUCCAGGCCUGUUUCAAGAUGGAGUCGCUUGAGCAGCUGAAGACUACUGUGAACCUCGAGUACCGCCUGGAGGCAGAGACCUUCCAGCCGGACCGGCGCUUCUCCAGAGUUCGCUUCCUGGAAGGUCUGCCCGAGCGGCGCCACGUGGUCGAGAGGACGCUGCCGCUGAGCGCCGAUAACACCCGCGAGUACUUCUGUCAGGAGGAGACCAUGUUCAUCAAGAAGGACACCCGCGACAUCCAGACGAGCAUCCCGAUGAAGCUGACCUACUCGCUGCAGCAGAGGGUGCCCCGCCAGGCGUACCCCGGCGGAUCGCUGCCAGACAUCGACAACUUCCCCAUCCUCAACCAAGAGGAGGCGUCCAAGGUCUUCUACGCCAAGUUUGUCAAAAAGUGCGGCUCCGACGAAGUGUGCCAGAGCCAGCUGAAAGUCAAGCCCGUGUUCGAUCUUAGGACAGACGAGGAGGGCUUCUCCGUUCUGGAGAAGGAGGUCGGAAAGCUGCUGCGCAUCAACACCACGAUCCGGAACGACGGCGAGCCGGCGUACAACGCCCGGCUGUUCGUCACCUACCCGCCCAGCAUCAGCUUUGUCGGCAAGGAGCCCACGGACCACAUCGCCUGCCAGAACAGCGGCAACCAGCUCAUCUGCAACCUGGGGAACCCGGUCAGUCGCGGCACGCAGGAGAUGGUGCUGCGCUUCAACGUGGACAAGCUGGACGAUGACGAGGAGAUGGUGGAGCUCAGCUUCAGCACCAACACGACCUCGGAGCAGACGGAGCCGCAGGGCGAGAGCAUCAUCCGCGCCCGGGUGGCCAAACGCAGCGAGAUCUCCGUCAGUGGUGUGGCCUGGCCGGAGCAGGUGUUCUACGGCGGCGAGGUGAAGGGCGAGAGCGACGUCAAGAGUCUGGACGAGGUGGGCAGCCCGAUCCUGCACAAGUACGAGGUGUACAACGACGGCCCGUCCACGGUGGACUGGGUGGACGUGCUGAUUGACUGGCCGGUGGAGGUGCAGAGCCCCGGGCCGCGCGGAAAGUGGCUCCUCUACCUCACCAAGCCGCCAGUAGUAGAAGGCGACGGCGAGUGUACGUUCGACAAGGCGAUCGUGAACCCGCGCAAUCUGCAGCAGCUGGUCGAGGAGCCCGUCUUUUCCCCGAGCAUUACCGGCGCCUACGUGGGCGCCUCUGGCUACCAGACCGAGUCGGGCUUCACGUCGGCCGGCGGGGGCUACUCCAAGGUGACCUCCGGCAGCUCUUCUUCAUCAUCUUCUUCAUCAUCUUCUUCCUCUAGCUCUUCCUCUUCGUCGUCGAAGGAGUCCUCCUACAAGAAGGAGUACAGCUUCUCCAACUCGUCCGGUAAGGAGUCCUCCAGCGGCGGAUCUUUCGGAGGGGGAGGAUCGUUCACGGGCGAUCACCACGACCGUGUCGUUGUGGAGGACACCACCGUUCGGAAGACCGACUACGGUAGCGGUCUGAAUACCAUCGAUGAUCGCAGACGGAAACAGGAGGACGCCUACCGACGCCGGCCGUACGGUACGGUGGCGGGGGAUACGGAGGAUGACUACACCACUCGACGGUACGGCUACACGGAGCGGCGCUACACGGGUGGUGCUGGUGCUGGUGCGGGGACUGGUGAUGGCGGAUACGACAGCCGGUACCAAGGCGGUGCCACUGACAGGCGCUACCAGGGCGGAUCGUUCUCCGAGAAACGCUACGGCUCGGGACAGUCGGGCGGGCAGGUAUCGGCCUCGGUGGACCGGAGGGGGUACCAGACCAGCAGCUCCAGUAGUGGCAGCACCGGCUCCACCACCGGAGGUAGCUACGGGGGCAGCUACAGCGGCAGCAGUAGUGACGAGCUGGAGCGGCGCUACGGCGCCGGACAGGGAUUCCGCACCAACUCGUUCGACAGUCAGUCCGGCGGCGGCCGGUAUGAGGGCGCUCUGGGCGCCGGCGGUGACGCGCGCACCGGCGGCGGGCUGCGGCGACAGUACGAGGACGGCUCCGAGUACGAGUCAGAGUACGACGGCUCCACCUACCAGGGCGCCACCGGCGGCCGCGCGCGUCGCCCUGGCGGACGCCGGCGCGGCUACUACCGCCGUCGCCGGCCGAUUGGCGGCGCCACCGGCGGCAACCAGUCGUACACCUAUCGCCGCCAGUACGAGUCGCGCCGGCCGCUGCCCGCUGACGGACUGGGGCCCGUCGACUUGGCCACGCGCCGGGACGAGCUCAGCUCGCGCCGCGUCCAGGGAGGCGUCGAGAGGGUGGAGGACCUGGGUGACGGCACGCGGCGCACCUACCAGGCUCACCGCGACCUGGACGGCGGCGACGGCUUCGAGCGCGAGCUGACCACCGAGGAGGACCGGCGCACGCGGCGGGAUGUCGGCGUCAGGAGGCGCCGCGAGCGCGAGAUGGUGGUGAUGCCUGAGGCGGUGACGUCACCGUCCGGGGAGGUGCAGCAGGUGGUGUUCUUUGACUGUGCGCGCAACACAGCCAAGUGUGUUCAGUUCCGGUGCCGCAUCAACAGCCUGAAGCCGAACCAGUACGCGCUGGUGCACAUCCAGGGCCGCAUCUGGAACCACACUCUGGUGGAGGACUAUGACCGCGUCUCGUACGUGUCCAUCAAGUCGCGCGCCACGCUGCAGAUGGACCCCACCCUGGAGCAGCUGCAGGACGUCUCCGAUGAUGUCUCCAUGGCGGAGACGAUAGCGUACCCGGCGGUGCCGGCCAAGGCCGAGGACGGCGGCGUACCCAUCUGGGUGAUCGUCGUCUCCGUGCUGGCCGGCCUCCUGCUGCUAGCAAUCAUCUGCCUCAUCCUCUGGAAGCUGGGCUUCUUCAAACGCCGGCGGCCAGACCCGACGCUCAAGUCCAACAUCAGCCGCUAGACGUUAGCAGCUGUUGGCGAGCGACAUCUAUUCGAGCGCAGGUGCUGCCAUCUACAGUGAGCCGUCCAAAGCGCCGCGGUGACAGGCCGGGCAGCGGCCGCCGUGAGCUGGUGCUCGAAGCCAGUUGUGCCAUCGGCAGUAUGUGCCAAAUAUGUGUCUGUGAAGGCACGUGCGAGCUUGCAGGACGGAAGGGACGCUGCACAGUGGCGAGGCGUGAGACGGGUCUGCAGACGCGUGCCUUGUGCGGACUGGUGGGCAGGGCCUGGACCGGUGCUGACCCGGUCAGAGGAACGCUGCGGGCGCCGCUAACUGGUGACUGAGUCGCCCCGGCGUCCUCUGGGGGCCGCCAGUGAGGGCGGACACAACUGCCACUGCCCACGCCGCCCCUCAGUCGCGCAGGUUUGAGUGUGCUUAAACCAUCGCUUAGUGUUGUAUGAUUAGCAUUAUACAGUCUAGUUAGUAUGUUUUGGCAGCUAGAUGACUCUCGUAAAACCUUUUAUACAUUACACCGUCAUCUGUCAUUUUCAUCCUCCCCUGUUCACAUUGCCUGCGCGUGCUCGUCUGAUUCGGUCGCCGUUCCCCGUGACGAGUCGUCGUUCCAGUAACUCCACCGGCGCUCACCCCCUAACAACUCUGCCGCGUGGGUUACCUCGGUGGCCGAACGGUGGUACGGUCCGAUCACAAACGGCGAACUACCAGCGAUCCAUGCAUAUCGGUCCUCAGUGGUCAAUGCAGUGCCCUAUCCCGUGAGCCUCAUCCAGACCUCUGGUUACCUCCCGAUUGGUUCAGGAAAUCCAGGACUCCCGUUGAGACUCUAGGAUGUCCAGCUGAGCUUUGGCCUCUGGUUAUGCUUAAAUGACAGAUUGAGUUCUGACCAUUCAUCGGGCGGCAUCGCAUCCCGAGGUUGAGCUAACUCUCUACUCCUCCUAUCCCCCCCCCCCCCCCUAAGAUGCCCAGUCAUGUUCCUUGCUCCCCAGCGUGGGGAGAAGCCGGGCGGCCCCACAGGUCGCUAGUUGCAUGGUCGCCCGACAGAUGGCAGUGAGGCGCUGUUGUGCGACUGACGCGUUGUAAUACUGUGAUAUUAACCUGGGGCAGUCGGGUGGGAGCGGGCGUGACGCUACUCCGGCGGCCAGCGGCCUGUUUGUAUGUGUGUAUGUGCCGCAGUGUUUGUGUGGAGAAAAUGAUCGAACUCCCAUUCUGACUGAGAAAUGGUAGACCCGUGUGCUUUUGAGCCGUAUGCCUUGGUGACUGACAUUGAUAAAUUUUGACAGCAUUGAUCGAUCACCAUAGCAAUGAGCAUGUCCGAUUAUGCUUGUGGAUUUGGGAAUAACAUGAGACCAUCGCUCUGCUUUUAGGUGUUCCCGUCCCAGGUAACUUGAAGCACAAAAUUUCGACAAUAAUUGCUGAAAAUUGCUCGGGGAAUUUUUCAUUUUUUUAUGUCAUGACUUCUUGUAUUCAUUUUUCGAACUCAAGUUCCUUGGAGGCCUUUAGAAUCUCGGCUAAGUAUUAUUACUUGUAAGUUCACAUUCAUCAUUUUAUAUUUCAUUAUCAUUUAGUGUUUUAUAUUUGAUCACAGCUUCUAUUUGUCUGAAGCCGGCUCUCCUAACUAGCAGAGCGGAUGCCCAUGCUAUCACCCUUCCACUUUAUGUGGAAUCAAGCUGCGUUGUCGCGCACCUCAUCAUCAACGGGCGCGUUUCGGAUUUGGCUAGCUGAUUGACGCGUUUCGUAAUUGACGACCUGUCUACUGUGUUGGUGUGCCAGUCGUGUGUGCUCGCGAGGACUGGCAGCGACCGACUGGUCGCUUCGUGUCGCUGUCUUUAGGCCGUUGUGUGGUGUCGUAUAAAAUGUGCGAUCGAUAGAGUGCCGAGAACUAAUCCGAAAUGCCCAAUAAAAUCAUAACAACGUG